AUGGCACCAAUGCACAACAACACCUAUUUACACGAGUCUUGCCAUUCUGAAGUUCUCCAGUUGGCACCUGACGAGCCAUUUGGGUCAAGGCUGUUGAACCCCAUGACAGCGGGUAGGUGUUUGUCCAACUUACUCAUUCUUUGUAUCCUCCACUGUGUAGCUGCAUUGCAAGCUCUAAAGCGCAAGAAGAGAUAUGAAAAGCAACUGGCUCAGAUUGAUGGCACCCUGUCCACUAUUGAGUUCCAGAGAGAAGCACUGGAAAAUGCAAACACUAACACAGAAGUUCUCAAAAACAUGGGCUUUGCUGCCAAGGCCAUGAAAGCUGCUCAUGAGAACAUGGACAUUGACAAAGUAGAUGAGCUAAUGCAGGACAUCACAGAGCAACAGGAGUUGGCACAGGAAAUCUCUGAAGCAAUUUCCAAACCAGUAGGCUUUGGUGAAGACUUCGAUGAGGAUGAGCUAAUGGCCGAGUUGGAAGAGCUAGAACAGGAAGAACUUGACAAGAGCCUGCUGGAAAUUGGAGGAGCAGAGAAUGUGCCACUUCCCAAUGUUCCUUCCACCUCCCUCCCAGCCACGCCAGUUUCUGCAGCCAAGAAGAAGGAAGAGGAAGACGAAGACAUGCGGGACCUAGAAAACUGGGCUGCUAUGUGAGAAUGAUGGCCAGUCUGGUGAAGCACUGACUCUGUUAUAUGUCACAGUUGUGGGUGUUUUGUUAAUGCAGUGAAGGUUGUGAAUGGAGUCAAUUUCUGAAUGAUCACCUGGAGUGCAUUUUGGGGAGGGGGAAGAGAGUUGGGGGGUGGGGUUUGUGCAGUAUGACAUUACAGCAUACUGUACAGGAGGAUGAGGAACAGAGUGGGGAAACCAAUAGUCUAUGGCCCCAGCUUCUCUUGGAUUUUCAUUUUGUGUUGGCACCUACAACUUUCAAGCCCAUGACUCCCGGUACGGCGCUUUUUCCUCCCCCUGUGGGGUCAGCGGCCCCAUUGCACUGCCCUGUGUUAUACAGAGUCCACUGUACAAUUAUGAAAUAGAGACGCAGUGCAGAUUGAUACAUGCAAGUGACUGAAUUGCUGUAGCAUGUCCAUAACUGUUUGUAUAAUUGAGGUGAUGCAACUGUUUGAAUACUACAUUUGUCAUUGACUUGAUUCCCUCCUCUUCCAUUCUCACUUACUCUUUAUAAAAAAAAAUUUCUUGAUCAUAAUCAAACCUUUCAAAACAAUCCACACAAGACAGUUGACUUCAAACUUGUUAAUUAUUUUCUUCCACCUUCCUCUCAUAAUUGAACUGUUUAAGAGUAUUUUAAUCAAGUGUAGACCAGUCAUUUACUGAGUUUGAUUCCUGACCAGUGCCUCAACCAAAUUUUUUUCAAACACAUUUACAUUUUUGAUUUUCUUUUUGGAGGAGCUGCAACAAGGUCGCUUUUUGUUUUCUUUGUAAAUCCUGGGUGUUGAUGAGGGGGCAAAAGUGAGGUUUAUUUUGAUUUUCCUCACAGGGUACAGUUUCAGAACACUUCCUUUUCUAUGCCAUGUAAUUUACACAGAAAUCUAUAAAUACUCCUGAAUGCUUCUUUUUGCUAGAUGCUGCAUACCCUUCCUAAACACAGACUGCACACAGUGUGACGUUGACACAAUGGGGCUCCUUAAUCCUCUGCGAAAAUAUCAUAAUCCUAAUUAAACCUGCUGUAAAUAUGUUAAGAACAAAAAUAAAAGUUUCUUUUAAUGUAACAA